GGAGGCGGUCUUUACUUCCGCUCAGGAUCAACAACUGCAGAAGAAGAGCGUCACCGCUCCUGCUGGCUGACCACAUCACUUCCGCCGCACAUCAUCACACGGAAUACAUCAACAGAAAAUACUAAAAAGAGAAAAUUGUCAGCAGUUGUGUGCAAGCAGUGACCCGUUGAGAUGGAUGGAAAAGCAAGUGACCCCUUCAGCAGUGAGGCAGAACAGCUUCCUGGGGCAGGAGCAGUGGGGAGGCUGUGGCUGCCCAAAGGUCUGUCUGGGAAUGUGAUUAAGGAUUGGGUGGACCGCAGGCGGAAGUCCAUCCGUCCGUGGGCCACCUUUGUGGACCAGCGCAAGUUCUCCAAACCUCGGAAUUUUGGAGAGCUGUGCCAACGCGUGGUGAGGAACCUGGACACCUUUUACAGCAACUACACCUUCAUCUUCCUGGGACUCAUUCUCUACUGCAUCAUCAGUUCGCCGAUGCUCUUGAUUGCUUUGGGAGUGUUUGCUGGUGCCUUCUAUAUAAUUCACUUGAAAACACUGGAAAAGAAGCUGGUUGUUUUCGGUCGUGAGUUGACCCAGGGACACCAGUUAGGUUUAGCAGGAGGGGUUUCCUUCCCUGUGUUCUGGCUUGCAGGUGCAGGAGCUGCUGUGUUUUGGGUACUAGGUGCUACACUAGCUGUUAUUGGGUCCCAUGCAGCAUUUCAUGAGCUGGAGUCGUCUGACAUGGAUGAGCUGCUCAUGGAAACGGUUUAAAUCUUUCACCUUUUGGCUCAUGUUAACCUAAGUUGUCUUGCCUAAUCAUAUAUAUUGCCACAUAUUGUUUGCACUUAUUUGGCAAUAUCAGUUUUCUCACAGAUUGGUCAGCAAAGAAAUACAAACUGUUAAACUGACAUUGCCCUAAACGGAUCAAGCACACUGAAAAGCCUCAAAUGCCUUUCAUGGUACAUACUGGAUAUUAUGUUUGUUACAUUAUUUAUUUCUACAGCAUCCUCAAAGCACAAACUAAAUUGACCGUGACCCAAAGAUAGAAAUCCAGUUUAGUCGAAAAACUAUUUCAAUUGAAAUUGUCCUUAAGGGUUUAAGUCAACCAAAACUGAAAAUUUCCGACUUGUAUGAUGGCUUUGUUGCUCUGUGAAACUCAAAUGAAUUGAUUUUGAAGAAUGCUUUGACUUUUUUUGUCCACAACGAAUGGAAAAAGGGGUUCAAAACAACAUUGGAACCCAUUGACUUUGAAUGUAUGGACAAAAAAAAAAACACUUGAGAUAUUUUUCAAAAUGUCUUCUUUUCUGGACCACAGAAGAAAAGAGAAUGUGAUACAAGCUUGGAAUUCACAGGAUUUUGGGGUUAACUGUGCUUUUAAAUGCUCCUCUCACACUAAAAGACAAAUAUGAGUACUGGUAAUAGCUUUUGAUCAAAAUGUUAUACUGGAUCAUCCAAAAUAGCGAUUAAAAAAAAAAAAAAACUAUUCAGACAACAAGAAUGUACCGUCUUGACAGUUUGUGUGAUUUAUAAGGUACCAGUCAUUACAGAAUCAUUUGUCUUAAGCUAUAUUUAUCUCAUAUGUUGUAAUAUCAGUUUUGUUAGGAUCGCUAACGCAUGCAUGAUUUAAUAACAGAAUGUGUCAGCAAAGAAAAAAAAAGUAUUCUUGCUAUUCAGUGUAACCAGUUUCUGAUGCCAAUAUUCCCAGUGGAAGUUUUUUUUAUAUACUACUGUGCAAAAGUCCAUUAGUAUUUUCAUCAACAACAACAACAAAUUUAAGCCAGUUAUUUCUGUCAUUUGCUGAAGUGUGUUGGUAGGAAAUAUCAGUUUACUUUUCCAAGCAUUCCUUUUGCCAUUAAUUGUAAUAAUCCAGUGAGAUUUUUGUUUGCACAAGUCUUACAGUCUUGUGUCUUAUGACAGCCAGUGGUCCACACAGAGAUCUGAUCUCAUCAACUUUUACACAGUACUGUAUAUAUAUACAAAUAUGUUCUCUCAUUUAAUGAAAAUGUUUCUUUUAUUUACCUCUUGCUUCUGUUGUAUCAUUGAAUGGGAAGUGCAAUAAAAUGUUCAGUCUGUACAAUACCCUUAAA